CCCAACACCCUAGACCUUCAUCGUCUCAAAGUUCCUGAAGCCGUCAGACGAGUCGAGAUAGCUAUUCGAGAUACGUUGGUUGCCGGGGGCACGACACUUCGUGUUAUAACCGGCCGAGGCAAUCAUUCUGCGGGCAAAAUCCCCGUUCUCAAGCUUGCCAUCAUGCGGGUCAUGAUGGAUGAGCACAGGAUCCCAACGACAGUCGAUCCGCAGAAUCCUGGUGUGCUCAUCAUCCGAUUUCCUUCAUCAUGA